AUGCAGAAAUUGAAGGCUAAACGGGCAAUGCUGAAGGGAGCCGCCACAAGAAUUUCUACAUGUGUGACGACUAGUGGUAUCGAUCAACCAGUUGCAGAUUGGGAGUGCCGCUUGGAGCGCCUCGAUGAGGUUUGGAACGAGUACAAAGGAAUUGUUAAUAUCAUGAUCGAGAGGAGCGACGACGAUGAAGAAGUGGUGGCAGAGAUCGAGGAAGAUCUGGAAGAAUUCGAGGAGCGGGUGCUUACAUUAAAAAGCAAAUUACGGUUACAUAUUUCAGGAAGGUCUCAUAUGGCAGCGAAUACAGCAGCUGUUUUCGAAUCAACGCGGCAGGAUACGUCGGUGACGAGUAUUCUUUCGUCCCAAACAGAAAUCCUCAACAAUUUAGCAACACAAGUGUCAAGUUCAAAAUUAAACUUUCUACCUAAGUUUAAAAUAAAGCCAUUCUCUGGUAAUCUAACCGAAUGGAAGUCAUUUCACGAUUCCUACGUCAGCGCCAUUGACAACAACACCUCAUAUAUUGCUUGUCAAAAGUUUCAAUUGUUGAAAAGCUAUUUAGCAGAAUCAGCGUACGACGUUGUUGGGCAUAUUCCAGAGUCAAACCAAAACUAUACAGAAGCAUGGAAUAAGCUAUAUUCACGGUACAACAAAAUGGGUGUUAUUGCGAAGACACACGUUACCAGGUUCAUUAAUUUGUCAGCGUUGAGCAGUCAAUCAGCGAGUAGCUUACGUAAGCUAUACGAUAGUGCAGAUGAGGUUGUGCGUGGGCUGCGUGCUUUGGGUGAAGAUGCAGAAAAACGCGAUGUUUGGCUCAUUAAUAUUUUGCUAUCCAAGUUGGAUUCAGCUACAUCGCAAGAAUGGGCUAAGUUCAAUAAAUCAAAUAUUGAUUUUCCCACAUUUAAUGAAUUUUUGAGUUUCAUAGAUACAACAUGUCUCGCCUUGGAAGCAACUGCACCGACAACCACAUCACAUACACGCAACCGUAUAGUAGCAGUGAAGGCCCAUCAAACAACCGUAGAUGUUAAAUCGCGAUGUGUGAAGUGCAACGCUUCCCAUGAGUUGUCCCAAUGCAGUAUCUUUUUGAGCAUGAGUGUUAAGGAAAGACGUGAAGUUGUUGCAAAUAAGCGAGUUUGCUACAAUUGCCUGAGAGUGGGGCAUAUAUCGAGUAACUGCCACUCUAAAUAUUCAUGCCGGACUUGUCGUAAACGUCAUCACAGUCUUCUUCAUGAAGACAAUAGUACAGUACAGCCAAAGCAACAGGCUGAGGGAAAGACCGUAAACGUCAACUUCAACUCCUUGCCUGAAAUCAACACGCUUCUCCCCACAGCGGUAUGUAAGGUUACUGAUUGCUAUGGUGAACAACAACAAUGCCGGUUAUUGUUGGACAGUGGGGCUGAAAAAACGAUUAUCUCCGAAAAUUGCGUGCGUCGUUUGGGUUUGCGUCGUCAACAUUCGCGUAUACCAAUACACGGGUUGAACAAUGCAGCUACUGGCAUUUCUCAUGGGUGGGUGUCGCUGCACAUCACUUCUAAUGUAGGUAGCGAAGCAUUUAACGUCGAUGCGUUGAUUAUGCCAACAGUCGCGUCAUCCAUGCCAGUACAUAAACUAGAGACACAGCAAUAUUCAUCAUUUCUAUCGCUGGAUUUGGCUGACCCUCAAUUUUACGUUCCGUCGCCUAUUGACAUCCUACUAGGAAAUGAAAAGUUCUUCGAAAUACUAAAAGGCGAAAAAGUGCGAGGCAUAAAUCAAAGUCUCAACGCCUUUUCAACAUCGUUAGGCUGCAUUGUGGGAGGAGACUUAACUCGUCGUGCAAAGGAAAGGAGCGUCGGAGUUUUCUUCAGCAAUUUUGACAUAGACAAAGCUCUUACCCAAUUUUGGGAAAUAGAAGAGAUUCAAGGUACCGUUCAAUAUACAGAAGACGAGGAAAGAGCAGAGAAUUCAUUUUCACAAACGUACAUGAGAGCUCAUGAUGGCAAAUUCAGCGUUGAGUUACCUUUCGAGUCUCAACGUCCAAACUUUGGCAAUUCAGUUGAUCUUGCAUUAAAGCGUUUGAGCUCAACUGAACGCAGACUUGCAAGUAAUCCAGGGUUACAAUCACAAUAUUCAAAUUUCAUGGCAGAAUAUAUUGCGCUCAACCAUAUGGAAAUAAUUCCAAAUACAGAAAUUGCGAAAUCGUCGAACGAGUGUUACUACUUGCCUCACCAUGCGGUGAUUAAAGCUGGUAGUACAACAACGCGUGUUCGAGUAGUAUUUGAUGGGUCUGCGCAUACCGGCAAAUAUUCGUCGCUAAAUGAAGCAUUACUUACCGGACCAUCAUUGUUGCGUGAAAUAUUUGCGAUAAUAAUACGAUUUCGUCAGCAUCGCUUUAUUAUGUCUGGAGACGUGGAAAAGAUGUAUCGUAUGAUUUGGGUACAUGACUAG